UCCUCUGUCUCGAGCAUAUUCGAUAAGCGUCUGCUUCUCGUUCUUUUAGUUUUGUGAGAGUUUUGAUCAUGUCGUCGAUCGGAGAGGCCGAAGUGAAAGUUCCGGCGGAGGAUGUUCCUCCUGUGAUGGUUCCAGCUGCAGAGGAGCCGAAAGAGGCCGAGAAGCCGCCGGUGAAGGAGAAGAAACCUAGGGCUCCGAGAGAGAAGAAGCCUAGGCAGUCUAAAGUUGCUUCACAUCCACCGUAUUUUCAGAUGAUCAAUGAAGCAAUCUCGUCGCUCAACGAGAAGAAUGGGUCGAGUCCGUACGCCAUAGCCAAAUACAUGGAGGAGAAACACAAGGCAGUUCUUCCUGCGAAUUUCAGGAAAAUCUUGUCUCUUCAAUUGAAGAAUUCCACUGCUAAAGGAAAAUUAACGAAGAUCAAGGCAUCGUAUAAGCUGUCCGAAACGGGAAAGAAAAAGGACAAGAACGCAACGAAGGUCGCUAAAGCGAACGCGGAGAAGAAAACUAAACAGGCAAGAACGACGAGAACUACUGGAAGGAAGAGGAAGGCGGUGAAGAAGGAUGAGGCGGCGAGUAAGGCGGCGAAGGCGGUGAAGAAAGUUGUUGCAAAGAAACCGAAAAGAUCAACUCCGGCGAAGCCAAAACCGCCGAAAUCAAUUAGGUCCCCUGCUGCGAAGAGGGCUAAGAAAGCGGUUGCGUGAACGUUGUAGAGUAGUGUUGAACAAGUUUUCUUUGAAUCUUCUUCUGUGAAUAUCUUUGCUUACGAAUUACGAUCAUGUGGUUUUCUUUGGAUCUUCUGAUCUUUUAGUUUUUAGUUUUUUUUUUUUCCGCUUCAACUGCAAUGGAAAUAAAUCCUUUCUUGUUCAGAAUUUCAA